AUGGAGGAAUUUAUUGAGCUUGCAACCUGGGAUAAGCCUGAGGAGAUGUAUACUGUUGGCAAAAAGCUGACCCUAUUUCCAUACGAGCCGGUACGCCCAUAUGGCACGCCCGCGUACCAUCCACCUCGAGGCGUGCGCAACUUCGACCCCAAUGCCGACUUCGCCAAGACUCAAGCCAAGGUUCAAAUCGAGAAAAUCAUACGCGUUGGUCCCGAACGAGAGUCUCAAAUCUUCAGCUGCAAGGUACUGGAGGCACCGGUCGAAGAACGCCCAGCCUUCUACCAGUCACCUCUCAGCCUGAUCCCCAAGAACAAGGACUCCAAAGCCCGCCGCCCGCCCGUGGCUAGGAAGCUCGUCGGCAAGGUCUACGACAACACAUGGCUUCCUAGCUGCUUUGUUAGCCCUAGCCCUGAUACAGGUUACUUCAGCCGUGAGCAUGCCGCCUACGCCUACUAUCGCUGGAAUAAGAAGACGGGCUACCCGCAUACUAUGCCACAGUUCUACGGUGGCUGGGUGACGAAAGUUAAGUAUGGUACGAAUAUGAUGGGUGAACCACAAUUUAAGUACGUUGGUCUUAUCCUCAUUGAGUACAUCGACGGCCGCUCUAUUGAGGACCUAUGUUAUCGCGAAGAUAUCGAAGAAGGAUACAUUGACGAGCUCUGCCCUUAUGAAUUUUCUUUUGGCAUUUCUGGCGAGGGCAACCAGAUCAGGCGUGUUACUUUUGACGAGAAGAAUCGACAGCUUGUUAUCCAGAUAAUGCUCCACGGUAUCUGCCAAGGUUUCCAACUCGGGGUCGAGCAUCACAAUCUUUCCCCGGAGAAUGUAUUCGUUACGUUAAGGAACGGUACGCAGGACUUGGAAGAAUUACGAGUCGUGUUUCUUGAUCACGAAGAUACUCAGGUAUGGUUCGAGACAAAAUUUUCGGAACUCCCCGGGAAUUUAAGCUACUGUUUACAGAAGCUCCCUUUCCCAACCCACCCUCGGGAAAGAUGCAGCGUCAAGGGUUUGACGGAAUUUCAAGGCUGGUGGCCUCCAUCUGGACACGAUCGUCCUGCAGACGAGGUAGAAAAAGUGUUUAAGCAGUGGCUUCUAAGUGAAGCGGUCUUUGGUCCCCUUGUUGAAGCGACGGACAAGAAAGACUUGGUCAAGCCGGACAAGAUGCGGCCGUACGCCAACAAAAGGUAUUCUACCUUCGACACGCUGGACUUGAUUGGGGAGAGACAGGACGCAAUGCGAGGCGUCAUAAUUCCUCAAGUUCUCAGCCUUCUACGCAACCUUGAAGACAAAGAUUCUUUGGGGCAGGAGAUGGAGACGGCUAUUCAGAGGGCAUUGGAAAAGGUCACCUUGCAUAACACCGUCACAGGCUCGCGACACCCGCCUUCGCACCACAAACUUCGGCGAAGACGUCUUGAUUAG